AGUCCCCCUCUGACCUCUGACUUGCCACAGGCCCACAGCGCCUCCCGCCCUGCUCCCACUUCUGGGCAGCCCAGUCGGCUUGCCUGUGCCUUGCUGAAGGCCUCAGCCCCCUUCCUCUCCGCCCUGUGUGUUGCUAUCCCUCCAUCUUGCCCUCAGCCCGGUCCCUUUCAGUGUGGUCACCCCGUUUAGCCUCUGUUCUCCCUUUUCAGUGUCCGCUCCCCGAGACGCUGAGAUUCACAAGGACGUUCAGGUGAGGGUCCUAGGGAUUGGCUGUGUGGGAUUGCUGGUUUCCGGGAGUACUGCCAGCAAGCAGCUUCUGUUUGCAGAGCACGCUGGGUUUGGGCAGACCAGGGCGCGGGUUGGAGUUGGCCCUGAGCAAAGGCCAGUGGGCUGUAAUUAAGAAUGUGGCGGAGGCCUCGAGCUCUGAGCUCUGUUCUUUUCCUCCUGGCUUCCGGUCCUUGGCUGUUGCGUCAGAACUACUACGGGAAUGUACUGAAGACUUUUGCAGACCUCCAGACUAAUGCUUGUGUCACACCAGCCACGCUGGUCCCCAAGUACAUCCGGGAAACUCUGAAGAAUGUACACGAAGACGUGACUUCGAGGUAUUAUGGCUGUGGUCUGGUUGUCCCUGAGCGCCUGGAAAACUGCCAGCUUUUGGAUCUGGGUUGUGGAAGUGGCAGAGACUGCUAUAUGCUUAGCCAGCUAGUUGGCGAGAAGGGACAUGUCACUGGAAUAGACAUGACUAAGGCCCAGGUGGAAGUGGCUAAAACCUAUCUUGAGUACCACAUGAAGAAAUUUGGUUUCCAGGCACCUAAUGUGACUUUUAUUCAUGGCUGCAUUGAGAAGCUGGCAGAGGCUGGGGCCCAGCAGGAGAGCUACGAUAUUGCUGUAUCCAACUGUGUUAUCAACCUUGUUCCUGACAAAGAACAAGUGCUCCGGGAGGUGUAUGACACGCUGAAGUACGGUGGGGAACUAUAUUUCAGUGACGUCUAUGCUAACCUUGAAGUGCCGGAAGACAUCAAGUCACACAAGGUUUUAUGGGGCGAAUGCCUGGGUGGCGCUUUGUACUGGAAGGAUCUUGCCAUCAUUGCCCAAAAAAUUGGAUUCUGCCCUCCACGUUUGGUCACUGCCAAUCUCAUUACAAUUCAAAACAAGGAACUAGAACGUGUUCUUGGGGACUGUCGCUUUGUGUCCGCCACGUUUCGACUCUUCAAACUCCCUAAGACAGGACAAGCUAAAAGAUGCCAAGCUGUUUACACAGGAGGUAUCACAGGGCAUGAAAAAGAACUAAUCUUCGAUGCAAAUUUCACAUUCAAGAAAGGCGAGGCAGUCGAAGUGGAUGGAGACACAGCAGCUGUCUUGAAGAACUCACGUUUCGCUCAGGAUUUUCUCUUCACACCUGUUGGAGCCGAGCUGCCAGCUACCCGGAGCUGUUCUGGAUUAGAAACAAAGGAUAUAAUCACAGAUCCAUUCAAGCUUGCAGAGGAAUCUGACAAGGCGAAGCCCAGACAUGCACCCGAUGGCGCUGGAGGCUGCUGCGGCAAAAAGAAAAGCUGCUAGAUCGACCGCCAGCGCGAGCUCACUGCGCGCUCGAACAGGUGCCUAAAAACGGCUCACCCGGGCUUUUAAACUUCCUCUUCCCCAGUCCCCAGUGCAGAGAUGACGGGAAGGUGGCAAAGGCACCACAAUUUAGAUUACUGCAAAGAAUAAGAAAGCUUUAGAAGGUGUUCAUCUAAGGGUCACAGCUAAUCACCAGCCUUUCUAUCUCGCUAUUCCAGAGUUCCGGUGCCACCUAGUGGUCAGAAGUAGGACUUGGAAGCGUAAGGUUUAAUUUACUCAAAGGGCCCCAGUCAUCAACAUUGGAGGAGGAUGGUGGGAGAGUAUCUUCUUUCUGGCCUACCACAGGACACCCCUGGACUUUUCUCUGUGUUUAGUAGAGCCCCUACUAAAUUUACACUAACUAUGUCAAAAUAUUGUCAAGUCAAAUUUGGUAGGAGUACUCUUCAGGUCCCUGUCUUCAAACCUUUGUUUUCCUGCUGUAAUUCAAUAAAGAAUAAAACAAACGAAUAAUAAA